CCACAAUGAAAAGGAAACUACAUUUGAUCAUUUUCUUCAUUUAUCUUUUCUUGAUGGCCGUUUUACUCUUACGGAGGAAGAGAUAAAGGCCCUAUAUUUUACCUAAAACGUAUAUACUCCGUUGCUGCUAAAAUUUGAAUUCUAAACCUCAUUUUUCAAAUUAUUUUUAUAUUUUUAAUCAUAAUUUGUUUUUCAACAGUAUUUAGAUCACCGAGAACACAACUACAAGAUCUUUAAUCAUAUAUUAUCAUCCCCCUGUUUGUUUGGCAUAUUUUUAGUAAAUGGUCAACAGAUGGAGCCCUGAACUGGCAUUCUAGGUACCAUUUCAUAUUCAAACCAAUCAACCGCUGCUAACUGACAGGUGGGCCAUAGCUGCACAUCCAAUGCCAAAAAACAAAAAGAAAAAAAAGACUUAACCAACAGUAUAUAUCUAGGGGAAAAAAAAAAGAAAGCAGUAAUAACAAACGACAACGAAAGUUACGAAACCCAAGCUCAGAUAAAAAGAGAAAAGUGUUGCGAAGAUUCAGAGGGAAUGGCGAUCGCCAACCGAUCGGCGAAAAACCCUCCCGUGCUGGCGCACUCGCUCAACUCAAGCAUCCGGCGGUGGGACGAAAAGCGGAGGAGCAGCCAUCGAUUUUGUCAUCUGGCAUUCCUUCUUUUUAUCCCCCACAUCCAUGUCACACUGACGUGGUUCUUUGAUUCCUCAGGCCCUUAUUCUAAUGCGGGGGUAGCUUAGCUCGAGUUGGAUCCACCGGCAGCGAUUCUUGGCCGUCGGUUGUGGCUGUUGAUUCAUGCGCCAUGAGCACAUACAGAACUCUCUCUGAUUUGAUUUGUUCAUCUGGCAAAACAGUAUCUUGCUUCUCUCAUCUCUGUGAGAUUUCGAUCCACUUCUGCAAUUCCUGAGUUCUUAUGUGUUCCAGGGUGAGUGUCUGAAUUCAAUCACAGGAUACUAAAGUACAGUGCUAGGGUUAGCUUUUGAUUCAAGCCAUUGAAAUUUUCCUGUGAAGGGGAACCUUCAGGCCUUCUGAAAGAAGAAUCUACUGAAAGCAGAAAGGUUCAUAGCCUUGGAAAGAUGCUGCCUUACUUUGAUCCGGAGUACGAGAACUUCAGUCAGCGCAUCAACCCUCCUAGGGUUUGCAUUGACAAUAGCACCUGCAGCGACUGCACCUUGGUGAAGGUCGAUAGCAUGAACAAGAAUGGCAUUCUGUUGGAGGUGGUGCAAGUUCUGAGUGAUCUCGAUCUCGCCAUCUCGAAGGCAUACAUCACCUCAGAUGGUGGAUGGUUCAUGGAUGUGUUUCAUGUGGUGGACAAGCAAGGGCAGAAGGUGACUGAUGAGAAGACCAUUAAGCACAUUGAGAAGGCGUUAGGUCCGGACAGCAACCUGCUGGGUGGCGCGAAGGGCGGCUCGUCGCCGGUGAGAUCGGUCGGGAUGCACUCCAUCGGCGGCGACCACACCGCCAUCGAGCUCAAGGGGCCCGACCGGACGGGCCUCCUCUCCGAGGUGUUCGCCGUGCUCGCGGAGCUGGGCUGCAACGUGCUGGCCGCCGAGGUGUGGACGCACCGCGCGCGCGUCGCCUGCGUCGUGUACGUGAACGACGUCGCGUCCGGGCAGGCCAUCGGCGACGCGUGCCAGCUGUCCAGGAUCGAGCACCGCCUGCGGCAAGUGCUCCGCGGGCACACCGCCGGCGGCGGCGACGACCGCCCCGUGGCGCACACCAACUUCUUCUCCGCCGGGUCGAACACCCACGUCGACCGGCGGCUCCACCAGCUGAUGCACGCCGACGUGGACGCCGACGACGGCGCCGUCGGGCCAGGCGGGGCCUGGAACGCGGCGGCGGCGCACGCCGCCGACGAGGAGAGGCCGGCGGUGACGGUGGAGCACUGCGAGGAGAAGGACUACUCGGUGGUGAACGUCAAGUGCAGGGACCGGUCCAAGCUGCUGUUCGACAUCGUGUGCACGCUCACCGACAUGGAGUACGUCGUCUCCCACGCCUCCGUCUCCUCCGACGGCAUCUACGGCUUGCAGGAGCUGUACAUUCGACGAAAAGACGGGCGCACGCUUCAGAAGGACGAAGCAGAGAGGGUGAUCAAGUGCCUUGAAGCUGCCAUCUCCAGAAGAGUAUCUGAGGGGUUCACCCUGGAGCUGUGCGGCAGGGACAGGGUGGGGCUGCUCUCCGACGUGACGAGGGUGCUCCGGGAGCACGGCCUCACGGUGACGAGGGCCGACGUCACGACGGUCGGCGAGCAGGCCAUCAACGUCUUCUACGUCCGAGACGCCUCCGGCCAGCCGGUCGACAUGAAGACCAUCGAGGGCCUCCGCGUCCAGAUCGGCCAGACCGUCAUGCUCAACGUCAAGAAGGUCCCCUCCUCCUCCGCCGCCAAGUCGCCGGGACAGCGGCCGGCCUCCGGCGGCGCCAUGUCCAGGACCAGCUUCUUCUCCUUCGGCAACCUCUUCGCCAAGCUCCGGGCAUGACAGGAUCAAUCCUGAAUCUCUGAAGAAUCGAAUUCUGAUCCCCGUUUUCGGUUGCGCGCAAAUCGCCGUAACAAUGAGAAAAAAUUCAGUUAAAAUUUAGAGUUUAGGGGCAGGGUUGAGCAACUGCAUAUGGCGUAUGGCAUAUGGCAAAAAGAAAAAAAAAAGCUCUUGUUGUAUAGUCCAUAAGGAGCUCUACCUACAGUGUAGGAAAUGAGAAAAUUGCUAGACCCCAUGGUGGUGGUUCUGUUCUGUGCAAUGCAGAUUGCAGACUGCUUUUGAGUUGCAUGAUCUUCUCACCUGCAUCAUCUUUCAAGCAGAAGCUCACAAUAUUUGGAGUUGACAGUGCUAUUCAUCAUCUUGCAGGUCAGGAAUCAGGAAUGUCGAUAUGAGACCAAAGUUGACAUAGAAGAAUAUCCUUGC